UGCUGACAUGGCCGAGACACGCGAAGGAGGAAGGUCACGAUGGUGUUCCUACUUCGCCGUCAAGCUCAUGCUGGUCACGUACGCCUUCCUGUGCUGGCUGCUGGGCAUCACGCUGCUGCUGCUGGGCGCGUACUCCGAGGCGGAGCGGCAGCGUUACCGCACGCUCGACGGGAGCUUCCUGUCGCCGUCCAUCAUCCUCAUCGUCGCCGGCUGCAUCUCCUUCCCCGUGUCGUUCCUGGGCUUCGUCGGAGCUCUUCGCGACAACCUGACGCUUCUGCGCAUCUUUAUCUGCAGCUUGUGCGUUGCCAUUUUGGUGGAGUCGGUUGUGGGAUUGAUCAUCAUCUUAGGAAAAGAACAGACGAAGCAGUUCUUUAGUGAUCAUGUACGAGGUGGGAUCAGAAACUACUACGACGACCUGGAUUUUAAGAACCUCAUGGAUUACGUGCAGGAGGAGUUUCAGUGCUGCGGAGCGGAUUCGUACACGGACUGGGAGUACAACCCCUACCACCUGUGCUCUGCUCCGGGCAAGGCGGCCUGCGGGGUCCCAUACUCGUGCUGCGCCACUGAGAAGAACCCUGGGGCACUUCUGAACUCACACUGUGGUUAUGGCAUCCUUCAUAAAGAGCGGCUGGAGCUCACGGAAGUGAUUCACGUGCGAGGGUGCACGCACGCCAUCUUCCUGUGGAUCGGAGACCGCCUGCCGCUGGCCAUUUUUGUCUCCGUCCUGAUUUUGCUGUCUCAGGGUUUUGGCAUCGCCACCUCAUACCUGCUUUCAAAAAACAUCACCCAGACGAUAGAGGAAAGACAACAGAACUGCACGGAGACCGAUGGACCCAUGCUCAUGGAGCCAGCGGAGGACUCGUCCCGCAUGCGGAGAUGGCUCUACAUGUACCUGCCGCACGAGCAGGCCACUGUCACGCUUAUGAGCGCUCAGACUUGACGGCUGCAGUCAAAGCCAGCCGCUCCACAUUGCUAAACGGCCAAUUAGUUGAGGAAUGUAAUCACAAAGCUACUCAUUCCCAUUACAUAGAUAUUACUCUGUUUUCAGUCUCCAUUUAAUGUUAUGAUCUUCUUGGUUCUUUCGGUAAAGUCACGUAGAAGGGAAGUAAUAAAAUAAUAAAA